CCAGCAACAUAAUCAACAAGCAGCUAGCUGUGACUUUGGCGGGUUGGGUUUGAUCACUACUGUCGACCCAUCAAUGGAGAAAUGCAGAUUUUCUAUUCAGCUCCACACUUCUCAUUCAUCCUCGCUUCAUCCGCUUCAUCUUCUCCACCAAAUGCUCUUGGCAGCAGCAACCAUUUUGGGAACUGUUUGGCUGGAAAAGUUGAAAACAAAGGGAAGUCUGGGCUGGCGGAGGCCUUUAUAAGUCAAACCCUAGGUCCUUUCUCUCUCUAUUUCUCUCUAGAAAAACAAGCCCUAAGGAAAACCCUAGAGAACAUGUCUGGUGUGUACGGUCACGACGGCGACGAAUCGGGUCAGCCUCCCUCCUCCGGAGGCUACGGCGGUGGCGGUGGAUACGGAGGAGGAGGAUAUGGUGGCGGAGGCGGUGGGGGAGGUUAUGGGGGUAAUAGUGGUGGCGGAGGUGGUGGACGGGGUGGAGGGUACGGUGGCGGUGGGGGCAGAGGAGGUGGUGGAGGAGGAUAUGGGGGUAAUUCACAGAAUCGAGGAGGUGGAGGUGGCGGAGGAUACCAAGGAGGGGAUCGUGGCGGCCGAGGUGGUGGCGGCGGUGGAAGGGGAGGUGGCCGGGGAGGAAGCGGCAGAGAUGGGGAUUGGCUUUGCCCCAAUCCAAGCUGCGGGAAUCUGAACUUUGCAAGAAGAGUUGAGUGUAACAAAUGCGGUGCACCCUCUCCUGCUGGUGCAGGCAGCGAUCGUGGUGGUGGCGGCGGCUAUAACAGAGGAGGAAGUGGUGGGGGAUUUGGUGGUAAUCGAGGGGGAAGAGGUGGUAAUUAUGAGGGUGGCAGUGGAGGCAAUAGAGGUGGUAAUUAUGAGGGUGGUAGUAGAGGGGGUUCUUAUGGUGGUAAUCAGGCAAGAGGUGGGGGUGGAGAUGGUGGUUUUGGACAAGUUCCUCCAGCUGCACCCCAAUCUUAUGGUGGUGGGUCUGCUGGAUAUUAUCCUCCUCCAAAUUCUUUUGGUGGAAACACUAAUUAUGGUGGAGAGGCUGUUCCUCCUCCAACAAGCUACACUGGUGGGCCUACAUCGUAUCCCCCAUCAUAUGGCGGCCCUGCGAGUGGUUAUGAUGGUCUAGGUGAUACAAGAGGUGGUGGUCGGGCUGGUCCACCUGCUGGUGGAUAUGAUGGUGGAUUUGGUGGUCCCAGACAACAGGGAGGUGGUUAUGCUGGGGGUGGAGGUGGAGGCAGUACUACUGAGGCCCCUGUUAAGGUGAAGCAAUGCGAUGAAAAUUGUGGGGAUUCUUGUGAUAAUUCAAGAAUUUACAUAUCAAAUUUGCCACCGGAUGUGACUGUUGAUGAAUUGAGAGAGCUUUUUGGUGGCAUUGGACAAGUUGGAAGAAUUAAGCAGAAGCGAGGUUAUAAGGAUCAAUGGCCAUGGAAUAUAAAAAUAUACACUGAUGAAGGUGGAAACAACAAAGGCGAUGCAUGUUUGUCUUAUGAGGAUCCUUCUGCUGCGCAUUCUGCUGGUGGUUUUUAUAACAAUUAUGAAAUGAGGGGCUAUAAAAUCAAUGUUGCAAUGGCUGAGAAGUCUGCACCAAGGGCUCCACCUGCUUUUGGCCAUGGGGGUGGUGGUAGAGGUGGCUAUGGUGGUGGGGACCGGCGCAGAGACAAUUACAGGGACAAUGCAGGUUCUGGUCCAGAUAGACAUCAUCAUGGUGGAAAUCGUUCGCGUCCAUACUGAGAUAACUUCAGCACUGAGCAUUUAAUGUACCUUAAAUUAUGGUCUGAGGGGUUUUAUUAUAUUCCAUUCACCCGGAUUGUUCUUUAACUGGAGACUUAAGAGGUAGGUUGUUCACUUCUCUGAGCAAGACCCCUUUUUCUCCUUUAUCUACUUCUGCUACAUGGAGGGGUUUUUAUUCUUAAGCUUGGGAUUGAUUUAAAUUGUGUGAAUGUUUUUCUAGAGGCAAGUGGAUAAUCUCCAAAUUGCUGCUAUAAGGUAGGUUGAUAUUUUCAGGUGAGUGCUGCUCAAUUGAAUUCUAUCCCUUCUUUCAGAAAUUGACCCAAGAGUGGUGAAAUAUGUGGAGUUAGCUUGCAAUGUAGCCUUAUGCUUGCAUUUUCAGGUGGCACUAAUAGAGUACUUUAAUUGCAUGGAUGUGUAGGACAUUGUUUCUGAAAUUCUAAUUUGCUAUAGAAUUCCUCUAGCCUGUCCUUUCUAAACUUCUAAUUUACUGGAGAAUUUAUAGUUGAAUUGAGCAUUUUGCUUUGGAACUCAACCGCCAUGCCUUGGGUUGGACCAUUUCAUUUAUGAGAGUAAAUACCAAACCAACGCUUUUCAAACACAAACCUUAUGACCUAGUUGAAGUGUGGAAACUUGUAUACAGGGCAAAUUCAUUUUAAUGUGAACUAGUCGCAGAUAAGUUUAGCAAGACUUAUCUAUUUAUGUCUGGGAAACAAUUUUAUCAUAUGAUCACCUUCACUGCCUUUGUUGGCUAUAGAUGCGGGGUUCAAUGAAGAACCUUCAAAAUAUUGAAUAUGAGGUUGUUAGUUCUGUUUAAAUUUAUAUCUCUCUAAUGGUUCAAAACUGUUGAACGAACAUGGAAUGAGCUCUGUAAUGAAGGUCCUCGUAAUGGAUAGGACCAUUGAGAACAACCAACUUGGUAGGGAAGAAGAUUAACAAUAACUGAAAAGAUCAUCCAUUGGAUGCUGCUGCCCCCAGCCACUGCUAUUUAAUGCCCACCCUUUGAGGAGUAGCUCUUCUUUUGCCAACCACAGACAACCUUCUCCUGGAACUCAGUUUUGCACGGCUGGCUUAUAUCAGUUGCUGCCAACCUACCUGAUUCUCAGCGAGUCAUCUCUGCUGCUACACCUUCGCGUCCCUCCAACUUGCAGCCUUAAUCUUAUGCUACUGCAGCUGCUGCAAAUUGAGUUUUUGUUGCCCAUUUGGGUUCAUUUUUUAGCUUUACUAAAUGUCGGUUAUGGAUUGUAGGCGGUUUAGCUUAGCUCUGGUAACCAGCCCUUCCCCUGCGUCAAAUUGGUCCUGUGCCUAUCCUGGAAUUUGACGUUUAGUUGCUAUGAAGCCAGUAGGUCUUGUAUUUGGUUUUGGUGGAUUUUUUUUUUUUAAUUUGUCUUGUCCUUUUAUUUAUGUAAAAACUGGAAUUAUAAUUAAUUGUAUGGGUGUAUGGCCUUCAAUACUGAAA